UCCAACAUGGUGGAAAUGUGCUACACUGUUUGAAAAUGCAGGCCGUGUCAUGCCUUGAAAAAAAUCAUUUUAAGCUAGAAUUUGGUAAAAAAUGUCGGACCCUAAACGUGCUACUCUUAUAACAGUGGGUGCUUCAAAAAGUGGAAAGAAUAGUGUGUGUAAAACAGUGAGAUUAACUAUAAAUCUGGAUGAAAGCAACGAAAGUAAAUAUCCAGAGCUGAAUUACAAGGAACUAGUCAUAGCAGAAGACAGAAAGAAGAGAGUAGAAAAUGGGAAGACAAACAAGCUGGAUCCAUUCUCGGACAAUGAUGAGGAGUUAGAACGAGUUGCAAAGAAAUUUGAACAAAAAUAUGGUGGCAAGAGCACAUACGGCAGAAAGGGGCGUUCCAAGCAUGAUGACUUCGCGGAUAUCGGCAUGGGUUACGACGAGAAUGACCCAUUCAUCGAUAACACAGACAAUUAUGAUGAGAUGAUGCCACCAGAGACGGACACCUUCUACGGUGGUUUCUAUAUCAACAGCGGGUCGCUAGAGUUCAAGAGUGUGCCCGAGAACCGGAUCUCAGAUGUGGAGAACGGGAGGAGGAAUAAGAGGAGGAUUUCGUCAAGCAGCAGCGAAGAGGAGUCUUCGGAGAGUUCAUCGGAGUCGGAGAGUGCUGAUGAGAAGGAAACUAAGACUAUACCCAACGGAGCGGUGCAUAAUGAACAUAGGAAAAAGAAAAACAAAGAUAUUGAUAAGAAAAAGAAAGCGAAGAAAAUUAGAAGGACAGAUUCUUCUGCCGCUACAUCAGGGAAACAGACUUCUGAUGACAACGGUCACGGCGACGCGGAGAGCGCGGACUCGCGCACGUCGCAGUCCGAUUCGCUGACGUCCAAGCCCGCGCCCAGCUCCGAGAACGCCGUCACCUCCGACAGCUCCAGGGAUGUCGAUCCAAAGUCUGAGGUGAAGCUGCCCCAACCAGUGGUUCAAGUUUUGGAGCAGCUAGAAGCGGCGGUCAGCAAGCAUCAGACAGAACAUCCGGAUACUCCUGUAGCUCUACUUACAACUAAUAAUGAGAAGCAUUUGUUGAGUUUGGACGCGGCGCUGUCCCGCAGCGCGGCCCCGGCGCGGGCGCGGCGCGCCGCGUGGGGCCGCGCCGCCGCCGCGCUGCGCUCGUCGCGCGCCAAGCUGCUGCACCGCGUGCAGGCGCGGCUCGCGGCGCAGAGCGAUAACAACGAUACUAGUGAGUAAUAAGUUCCUGCCCCUCCAAUUGCUCAAUCCACAACAACUACCACUGCCACUGCCACUCCAACUACCACCACGAACAACAAACGAAAAUACUCUGAUGAAACCGAUGAAGAUAUUAGCAAACUCACUGCCGAAGAACGGGAAGCUAAAAUUGUUGAUACACUACAAAGACUAAAAGCCUUGAUCGAAGACCGCACACCCGCCAUGAUGGCCAGUUAUCAGGCAGAAUGUGACAGGGUCAUGGAAGAGAGAAAAAAGCUCCAAAUAGCGUCGGACGGGCGACCGAUCGAGAAGCGCCUCCCCAAGCGGCGCUUCCCGUGGUGCCCGCGCAGCCGCGCGCUGCUGGCGCGCCUCAAGCGGCUCGCCGGCGACCAGGACGCGGCAGCGAACCUCCUGGUGCGGCGCGCGCUGCCGCUGUUCCCCAGCGGCUUCGUGCGCAUGCCCACGCUGCUGCGGCAGGCCGAUCUCAGCAAAGAACUAAAAGUGUCAGAUGUGAAGCGACAGCGCUCGUCCUCUGUGUCCGCUCCCGCGCCCGCCCCCCCCCUACAGCCCGCGCCCGCCCCGCCGCUGCCCACCAUGACCGAGUCCAUACACUUCCCUAGCUCCCUCACCGUCACCACCAGCGUCAAGCCAAUAGAAAACACUGACGAAGACAAAAAGACCACAUCUGUCUUCGGGAACAUAAUAAACUCCUUCUCCAUAAGCAAAGACUUAAUUGUCGAGCCGGAGAAAAAAGACCCCGAACCCAAAAAGGAAGACUUUGUUCCCAACAGCAUAGGCAGCAUAACAAUAACCCCGGUCGUCCAGAAAGAGAAGAAACCGACCAAUCCGCCUUCCAAAGAACCGCUCAUAAGAGUCAAAUCUCCAGCGGUACUCAACGAAAUGGCUAAAAAAGACAAACAUAAACCGAAAGACAAACCUCAAGUCAAAGACAAGAGAGUCGACACCCCGUUACAUGUAGAUACUACCUUCCCAAACAAAAAAGAAGCACCUAGUCCGACGUUAACUAAAGAAGAACUAACCAAGAAACAGAUAGAAAGUAUGAGAAUAUCGGAGAACAACAUACCCCGGCCCGCUCUAGUUCCCGUUCACCAUUCCCCGACCUUCGCUAAACCUGAUAAAAGACCACCGGAAGUCAAGAAGAAGAAAGAAAUAGUGAUUAUAUCCGAUUUAGAUCCGUUAGGAGACGUUCAGCAAGAACCAGUGGUGGCCGUAGACGAUAGUAGCAGUGACGUUGAAGUGAUAGAAGAGAAUAAAAGUGAACCUAAUAAGUGUGAAGUGCCUUCGAAAGACAAAGUGAGUGAUAAGAAGGUUAACAAGAAAGAGAAUCAUCGGAAGGAGGAUGCGCUCGAGGAUGAUAUUCACACGGUUAUGAGGAAUUUGAGAGAAAUGGAGCAUUCACAAGAAACCCCAAAAUUCAAUAAUUCUUUUGGAGGAGUUAUAACCAGUGCCAAGCACGAGAAGUCUUCCAAAACCUACAGCCCCAGGAAUGUAUUCGGGGACCGUAGUGACAAAGACAAGCUAACCAACUUCUUUGAACAAAAUGGAUGGAUGUAAUGCCGUCACAGGUUAAUGCAGUACUACCGGAACCUCAAAUGAAGACGUCACGCAAGCGGUACUAAUAUAUACACUGUAAACUGUUUAUUACAUGCAAGGUAGGCCCGGACAUUUUGAAAUUCACUUUUUGGAACUUUGUCAAAAUCAUAGGCGUUUGGACACUUUUUGACGCAGUGUUUUGAUAAUAUUUCUUGUAAAAAAACGAUAGCAUUGAACGACCGGUUUGGUCUAGUGGGUAGUAACCCUGCCUGUGAAGCCGAUGGUCCUGUGUUCGAAUCCCGGUAAGGGCAUUUAUUUGUGUGAUGAGCACAGAUAUGUGUUCCUGAGUCAUGGAUGUUUUCUAUGUAUUUAAGUAUUUAUAUAUAUCGUUGUCUGAGUACCCACAACACAAGCCUUCUUGGCUUACCGUGGGACUUAACCAAUUUGUGUAAGAAUGUCCCUAUAAUAUUUAUUUACAGUACAUAUGGGGCUACUUUAUAGCACUAGUGCGAGAAGUAGCAUAUUACGUUACUGUGUCGAACAUUUAAAGGGCCAUAUGUACUGUAAAACGUUGUACGAUACAUGUGCGAAUAGGUAAGUGGCAACUCGUGUCGAUUUAAAACACUCCCUUCGGUCGUGUUUUAAUUUAUCGCCACUCGUUUCGAAUUUCCUAUUUUUCGCACUUGUAUCGUAAUGUACUAUUCUAGUUGCUUGGUAGUCUACUAUCCUGUCUAUCUAUCCUCUAUCAUUGGAUUUAUUAUUAAUUUAGUGAAGCCAACAAUGAAAUUGUCGCCAUCGUAACCUGUGUAUCACGCAACCAAAAUGUCGUAAGCGCCGUUAAAUUCAUGGCGCUUACGCGUUUAGGUCGCGAGAUACGUGUACUCGAGCUCUGCUUCUAUGGUUUGUUGUCUAAAAAAAACAUGGCGCAAGAUACUGAUCCUUCUAUACUUUCUUCUUUACUAGAUAUUUCUAUACUUUAAUAGAACCGAGUUUAAUGCUAUCAAAUUCUGACGACCGGUCUGGCCUCGUGGAUAGUGAGCCUGCCUAUGAAGCCGAUGGUUCCGGGUUCAAAUCCUGGUAAGGGCAUUUAUUCGUGUGAUGAGCAUGGAUAUUUGUUCCUGAGUCAUGGGUGUUUUCUAUGUAUUUAAGUAUUUAUAAAUAUUUAUAUAUUAUAUAUAUCGUUGUCUAAGUACCCUCAACACAAGCCUUAUUGAGCUUAUUGUGGGACUUAGUCAAUUUGUGUAAUAAUGUCCUAUAAUAUUUAUUUAUUUAUUUAUUUAAAUUGCCAAAAUAUCAUGAAAUGUCUAAACACUUCAACAAUGAGUCUAUAUAAAUUAGGAGACUUCUUCUCAGCAUAUUCGCGUCUACUGCUGAACAUAUGCCUCUUUCAUGGAUUUCCAUCUUGUUCUGUAUGCGGUCGAAGAGUAUUUGAAAUAUGUAUUGUCAAAGAAAGCUUUGUAGCCACAUAAAUUUACUGCCAUCUUUCGACACAUGAUUAAAACUUUUAGAACGCCAUUUGACUUUGAUCCUUAUUCUUUCACUGAUAUGUGAACUGGACACGGGCGAUGUAACUUUUUCCGUCACAAAUGGGGAUGGACCGACUCCGCGCUGUGUGAUUGUGGCAUCGAAGACCAAACUAUGGAGCACAUCAUUCGGAGAUGUCCUCUCCGCGCCUACCCGGGGAAACCAGAUGAUCUCGUCAACCUGACGCCCGAAACUGUGCAGUGGCUGCAUAACCUGGAUGUUGCCUUAUAAUCUUUUAUGUAACUUUGCCUAUUUGACAAUAUCGCCAUACGAUUAAAUAAAAUAACUGAUAUGUGUUAAAUUUGUUAAAUAACAAAAGAAUCCGGAGGUCGUGGGUUCAAAUCCUGGCUCGUACCAAUGAGUUUUUUCGGAACUUUUGUACGAAAUAUCAUUUGAUAUUUACCACUAGCUUUUCGGUGAAGGAAAACAUCGUGAGGAAAGCUGCAUACAUCUGCGAAGAAAUUCAAAGGUGUAUGUGAAGUCCCCAAUCCGCAUUGGGCUAGCGUGGGGACUAUAGCCCGAGCCCUCUCGCGCAUGAGAGGAGGCCUGUGCCCAGCAGUGGGACGUAUAUAGGCUGAAUUAUUAUUUUUAUUAUUAUAACAAAAAGUGGCGCCGUCUAAUACGUCAAAGGCCAAAGGUAUAGCGGCAUCUUUUUGAGCGAUGGCGCCAUAACUUUUGGGUUAUGCCCGGUGAGAUGUAUGUGUACUGUAUGUAAUGUAUGUGUACAUUAUUAAUAAUAAAUAUGAAUAUGAAUAUGAAUAUGAUGGCGCCACUUUUUGAUAUUUAACUUUAACACUUAUCAGCGAAAGGAUCAAGUCAAAUGGCGUUCUAAAAGUUUUAAUCAUGAGUCAAAAGAUGGCAGUAAAUUUACUGUGGCUACAAAGUUUUCUUUGACAAUCCACCUCUAUUUCAAAUUCUCUUUGCUAAAACGUUCUUACAUUGACCCAACUGCUAAGAAAAACCAUCAAAUAUUAACUUUAAGGAACUUAGUUUAAUUGGUAACUAUGUCUCAAUUUACCUGCAAGCUAAACAUUCUAUUACUUCAUUCAUACGUCUACUUUUCUACUUUUUGAAUUUACACUUCCCCUGGGAGCUACGAAAAAAAAAUCCAAGAACUGAUUAUUCAUGGGUAGGGUCGGUUUGUUGGAUAUAAUGACUGUAGUAAAUGGGAUUAUUCUGAACUAGAACAGCCCAAAGGGCACCGUAAUCCCUUAAGGGCUAUAUACUUGAGAAAAUUUGACCCAUGCCGCCGUGACUCGGAUGGCCUAGCGGUUUUAGGCAUCUGCUGUGAAUGCAAAGGAUGGAUAAUUCCAGCCCUGGGCACUGAGGACCUUGGUCACUUUUUCUUUCGUCUAUCGCUUCUGUUUCAGUUCAUCACUCCAAUAAAUUAUAUUUGUAAUGAAAACGUUUCUAAAUGUCCGGGCGCGGCACGACACACGUAAGAUCUGUUCUGUUCUACGUAACGUAUAGGUUUGUAUGAACAUCUUAUUUGUAUAAACUAUAUUUAGUUUUCCACUUGACCCCUUUCAGUUACUGCUCCAUUAUUGGUUCGUUCCAGAUUGUUAUGACCAAGUUCUUUCCGGACGAUAAUUCUAAAUUGUGAGUUGUAUAUAAGCCUCGUGAAUGCUAGCUGCCGCUCCGUCGGCGGUUUGAGGAAAUUAGCCGUCGAAAAAUGUUUUAUAGUUUUUAAAUAGUACGAGCUAUCACCUGGAAAGGAAUUACUAAUGAAAUUUCUACUAGAAUAACUUUAAAAUAUUAGCCAACAAAGGUUUUAGCAGUUUAUGUAUGUACGGUUAGAAUGUGUCAUGUGUUCCAUCGUAACGUCCAGGCCAAUAUUGAUAAAUAAGGUGAUUUAAUGACUUGGAGGACAUAUAGGCAAUUUUUUUAGGACAUUUUUAUUAAUCUGCAAAAAAUCUGCAGUUAUAUAAUAGGUUUUCAAACGUUUAUUUAUUUUACAGUACAUAUGGUGCUACUUUACCGCACUAGUGCGAUAAUUAGCACAUUACGUAACUAUGUCGAAAAUUUAAAGGGCCAUAAUAUGUACUGUAAAACGUUGUACGAUACAUGUGCGAAUAGGUAAUUCGCAACUCGUGUCGUUUUAAAACACUCCCUUCGUUCGUGUUUUAAUUUGUCACCGCUCGUUUCGAAUUUCCUAUUUUUCGCACUUGUAUCGUAAUGUACUAUUGAAAGAUAGCGAAGGACGUGUAUAUAAUGUUAUAUGGAAACAAUACAAUUGCAAAUCAUCUCUGAACACAGUUAUUUAUAAUUAUAGAGGCGUUGAUCGCAAUUUAAAUAAUAUUUACAGAAUUGCACUAGUGCGAUAAUUACCACAUUACGCAACUAUGUCGAAAAUUUAAAGGGCCAUAAUAUGUACUGUAAAACGUUAUACGAUACAUGUGCGAAUAGGUAAUUCGCAACUCGUGUCGUUUUAAAACACUCCCUUCGUUCGUGUUUUAAUUAAUCAUCACACGUUUCGAAUUUCCUAUUUUUCGCACUUGUAUCGUAUUGUAUUGUAUUGUAUUGUAGUUCGGGCGAUUUUCCGCAACUCGACGACUGGCGCCUAUUUUGCGUGACAAGGGGGGGUGGAGGGUUGGCUACUCUUGCCAGCCCAACUCCUCGAGGAAUCCUAUCAAACCUUUGAUGUUGAGUAGGACCUCAGGGAGGUCUCUCGGGGAUCCGAGAUGUUUUGCCCUGUAUGGGGCCACUCCGCUUGUAUCGUAAUGUACUAUUGAAAGAUAGCGAAGAACGUGUACUUAUAUAAUGUUAUAUGGAAACAAUACAAUUGCAAAUCAUCUUAGAACACAGUUAUUUAUAAUUAUAGAGGCGUUGAUCGCAAUUUAAAUAAUAUUUACAGAAUUAACAUGGCUACAAAUUAUGUUAUGAAGAAAAAUCUUAUUCUAUUUUAGGUUUGACACAAUUUAUACUCAUCAUGGUUGCAAAAAUGUCAUGUCAUGUGACCCUAAAUCUUUAUUUUACUUAUUGUAAGUGGAGCAGUAACUACACUCAAGCGCAUUCAAAAAUGGUCACUUUGAAUGGAGAUUUUAAUAUUUCUAAGUAUGCAGUGACCGUUUUUUAUUGCUCUUGAGUAUAACCCAUAACAAUAGCAAUAGAAAUAACAAGAUUUGAUUUUAUUGUAAAUUAUGAUUGUAUACUUGAAUUAAGCCUGGUUUACACUUGAGUUAUUUUAGUUGGCUUUAGUUGCAAGUGUAAUCGGGUCGGCAUGCCCAAAUGUAAUAAUUAUGAAUAAAUAUUUAUAAUGAAUAGA